AUGUCCGAAACACGGACGCCGGCGCGCACCGUCGCCAUGGACCCUCCGCACAUCACAGAGUUCGCCUCAAAGCGCUACUUUGAGAAGCUCAACCAGCUCAACGCGAACCAGACACAAACUGAAACGGCCGUGUCAUCAUCAGCAGCCACGACGACCGUACCCGCGCCGACGACACUACCUUCGUCGACGUUCAUUCUACCCCUACGCGAGUCCAGGACUGGCGACACCCAGUCCAAGCCUGUGGAGCAGAAAAAGGAUAAGAGCCGAUUCUUCAGCCUCAAACAGCGCGUCUCUCUACGGCACUCCAAAACCUCUGGCCCGGUAAUCGUCCCAAGCAUUGUCCACGAGGCGCUUGCCGUUCCCCAACCCACUGCCGUUGUCGAUUCCACCACCCGAGAGAUCCCAUUCGAUCAGCUCUUCCUCGCUCUGCCCAACGAACUGCAGAUCCAAAUCAUCUCCUUCCUGCCGCUGACAGAUGUCCUCAACCUCCGCCUUGCCUCGAAGCCGUGGCACACCCUAAUUACCCUUAACGAAGGCCCCAUAGUCCGACACCACGUCGAAAACCACAUCCCCGCAUACGCCCUCCGCUUAUAUCCGAUAACCAAGCCCGCCGACUACAACUUCCACUCUCUCUGCAGUAUAUGGCACCGUUUGCAUGUCGCCGCCAAGCUGGCCUAUCUCAUGUGUGAAUGGAUCACAAAGGACAUCUUCCUACAGCAGACGGAAGCGCAACGGAGAGCGUUUGCACCACAACACGAGAUUAUGCGCCGUCGACUCAUCCCCCUACUUUUCACCCUUUUCCACUUUUUCGAGACGUACCGCAAAUUCCACCUUGAGCAUAUCAACGAAAACAACGGCCACGGGUUGCAACGUGAACCGUACACGCUCAAUCCCGUUGAGAAGAGGGUCAUGGACAUGUACGACGACCAAACGCUUCUAAGAGUACACGAAGUGUUCCCCCUUGUAAUAUCGUCUUUCUGUCGUCGCUUGCGACCCCCAACCUAUGUUGGUCGUGUCGAGAGAUCGCUUCGAGGUUAUUUGCGCGAGAAGCCAGCUGACGAGGUACACGUUGCUAUUCUGUGCCUCGGGGGACUACGACAGGUUGAGAGGUUGUGGGAAAUCAAGGGAUACAACAGUCGAAGAGCAGCCGUUGAUGCGUGGUACGGCAACCUUAUACAGGAGCCAAUUACUGAGACGCAAACCAAAGCCCGACUUGCAGGGUUGCGAGGAUUUGGCCGGAAGAAGUCGACAAGCGGUGACCGUCCUGGGCAUCGCCUAUCAUUUAGCGAAUCGCUGUACAGAGUGCGCAGUCCGUCAGGGUCGAUCGAUAGCACCAAUGGCUACUUUGACCCUAACUGGGUCUUUCAUACCAGCUUGGCUGCCGAGGUGCCCAUGGCACCCCUGGACCCUGAGCAAGCGGACAAGCUUCUCCACGACCUGCCGGUGCUGCAGCACAUCUGGCUUGCGACCGCCGAAGCCCUCAUUCUGGAGCGCAAGAUUGUCUCACGGCCCCAAGAUAUUAAGCGCAACCAGCAAGUCAUGCUCGACUUGAUUCGCCAAGAUAGCCUCAAAGAGGAAGACGAGUGGUGGUAUGGACGACACAACCCAGAAGCUGUCCGGCCACCACCGAGUCUCAGUCUUGCGGAAGAUGACGCAGACUAA